AUGAAUGACCAGCCUUCAGCUGAUUCUUCAAGAAGCGCCGAACUGUUGCUGGGCGCUAAUGGGACGGGUGGUAAGGAAGUUUAUGAGUAUACGCCGGAUCCGGGUUCUGUAGUAUUACAUGCAGGCUCGUCCAACGACGGUUUCGAUAGAGACGCUUAUCGACUGACGCGAGGUGCCAAGGAAAUUGAUGACACAGAAGUUAGCCCAGCGACUGCAUACGAAUUUUUCAGAGGGAAGACGUACAAGAGCACCAUAUUUCGAAAUGGCUUUGCGGCGCGUAGGGGUUGGGGGGCUUCGGACUCGGGCACUUUGGAAGUUAGAGGGCAACGGACGCUGUGCAACGCCCUGAAGUGCGGCCGGAUAAGCGAAUCUGAAUCUAUGUCUUCGUCUGUAUCCGAGUUUCCGGAUGGCUCUUCCUUCGAAACUCCAAUAGGGAGGCUUAAGCGCCUACAGGGUGAGGUGGAGGAUAUGCUGGAUUUUGUGUCGUCUUUUCUUGUCGAGGAGAGGGUGCCAAUCUCCGAACAAUCAGAAGCAGAAUCUGCAUCCAGCCAGAGGGUGCCGACUCCAGGAGAGCCGAAAGACGAAUCAGAACACUCGAAGCAUUUGGGAACCCUGCAAGUGCAUUACCAGGCACGUCGCCUCCCACCCGCCGCGCAGGAGGCGCUCUUUUUUGGACGUGAUCCUCUAGCGCUCAUUGAAGAGCUAAAGAAGCUACGCAUGCAGGUAUCGAGCAUUCUCAGCGACAAAAGGACGGAGGCGCUAGUAUCGCACAUUGAGCCUGUAAGCGGCAUGCGUUCUGGAGCAGCGCUUUUGCAGCAGCAUCUUUCUGCUGCUUCAGCUCACCUGCAACAGACGCUGGACAACGAAGCACGAGGGACAUCAACUCUCCCCAGUAGCAUUCCACAGGAUGUCACGGCUGCAGCGGCUGCGGUGACGGACUCACACAAGGAAGCAUCUGGCGCCGGCGCUGACGACGGAGCGAAGGGAUCCCUCACUACCGCUUACGAAGUGUACUGCGUGCCGUCAUUGUCUCCCAUGAUGGAGCAGAGCCGCAUUACGACCCUAGAAAGACGCCUGGCUCUUGUAGAGAACAAGAUUGGCCUCCAUAAGAUGAGUCUGCUUCCACAUGCAGAUCUGUUUGAAGCAGUUAAUGAAAUGCAGCAGCGCAUCAAGCUGCUGGACAACCAGAAGAUUGAGAGCCUACAGAAACGAGUUCAGGGAUUGCUGCUAGAGUUGCACGCGCUGCAACAGAGACGCCACGAACUGGACAUGGCUGCGGAGGGUGUCUCGGCAGUCUCCACCAGCGCAGCUUUACCAGCGGGGGAGGAGCCUGGAAAGGGGCUUCCUAGGAGCCAUUCACCUUCCAGCGACUGGCAGCGAGUUGAAGAACUGUAUGACAUAUGCGAAAGGUUUAAAGCUCCGGCAGCAGUGCUUCCGUCCGUGUUACAAAGGCUGAAGUUGCUCAAGGGGAUUCAUCAAGAAGCAGGCGGCGUCGCUGUUCGUCUUUCCGUGUUGGAGAAGCAGCAGGAGGAACUGCAAACCUGGGUGAGGAAAGCAGACGAGGCGGUUAACCAGCUGCAGAAAACAGUCUUAGAGAGCAUAAGCUGGGCUCAGAGGACAGUGGCGCAGAUGCAGCAGCGACUUGCUGCUGCGGAGUCGUCGACAACUGAAACCGUUUGA